GCCCGGCUGCGCGCAUGUGCCGCGCUCGCCCCUCCCCGCGGCGGCCGGAGACAGCGGCGGCGGCCGGGCAGGAUGAAGGACCGGACCGGGGAGCUGCGCGCCGCAAAGGACAGUGACGACGAUGAUGAAGUCACUGUCAGUGUGGAUCGGGACCGCUUCAUGGAUGAGUUCUUUGAGCAGGUGGAAGAAAUUCGAGGGUUCAUCGAUAAAAUUUCGGAGAAUGUGGAGGAAGUGAAGAGGAAGCACAGUGCCAUUCUUGCUUCGCCCAACCCUGAUGAGAAAACAAAGGAGGAGCUGGAAGAGCUGAUGUCUGACAUAAAGAAGACGGCGAACAAAGUGCGCUCCAAGCUAAAGAGUAUUGAGCAGAGUAUUGAACAAGAGGAAGGACUGAACAGGUCAUCUGCUGACCUGCGGAUAAGGAAAACUCAGCACUCAACACUGUCGCGCAAGUUCGUGGAGGUGAUGUCGGAGUACAAUGCCACGCAGACUGACUACCGGGAGCGCUGCAAGGGCAGGAUUCAGAGGCAGCUGGAGAUCACUGGCAGGACUACCACCAGUGAGGAGCUGGAGGACAUGCUCGAGAGUGGCAACCCAGCCAUCUUCUCCUCCGGGAUCAUUAUGGAUUCAAACAUCACCAAGCAAGCACUGAAUGAGAUUGAGACACGGCACAGUGAGAUCAUCAAACUGGAGAACAGCAUCCGAGAGUUGCAUGACAUGUUCAUGGACAUGGCCAUGCUGGUGGAGAGCCAGGGUGAGAUGAUUGACCGCAUCGAGUACAAUGUGGAGCACUCAGUUGACUACGUGGAGCGGGCUGUGUCUGACACCAAAAAAGCAGUGAAGUACCAGAGCAAAGCCAGACGGAAGAAGAUCAUGAUCAUAAUCUGCUGUGUGAUCCUGGGUAUUGUCAUUGCCUCCACCUUCGGCGGCAUUUUCGGCUAGACUCACCCCACGGGACUGUUCGUGUGCAAUGGAUAGAGCCACGCGUGCCAUGGGGCCGCAGCCACGCCGGAGCGAACCACGCAGCCCCGGAGCCUCCCAGCAGCAUUUCAGUUUCUAAUGCAUGGUUGUUUGUGACGCUGUGUGUGCGGUGCGGUGCGUCUGUGUGGAGGGAGCGCCGGCCCCGGGGCGCGGGCAGGGUGCAGGGGGACGGUGAUGGGCACAAAGGGGACCCAGGGCAGGGGAACCUGAGCUCUCAUCACUGUUUCAGCCUGGGUGGCUGGCUGGGACCAGGUGGGGACAGAGGUGCCCUUGGGCACUGCUGCUCCUUCUGUGCUGGGCAGCCUGUGUUAGUGACAGCCGAGGAUGAGGAGGGAUGGACGAAGGGUGUUAGGGGUCCUUGGGAGCACAGUGCCCGGUUACAUCCCCCAGCUUCCCCAUCACCUCCAGCCAGAGCUCUCAUGUCUGUCACCUGCAUCUGUGCUUGCAAACAGCUUUCCUUGGGCUGCUUCUCUCACGGGGCCCUUCCCCAGGGGUGCGCUCUGCCAGGCCCAGUCUCCCCCUGUUCCUGCCAGCUUCAGGGCUCUGUCCCUGCUGCUCUGCUGAUGGCAGGGCUGCCCCCUCCCUAGGCAAGCCCUCGCCCAGAUGUGGGUGACAGGGGCUGGACAUGCUGCUGCUGGCAGUGGAUGCCUAAUGGAGCAGUGUGGGAUGAGGAGCUGCUGCAUGGGGCCACCACAGUUGUUUGGGGAUGGGGACAGGCCAUGUAGGGAACUGUGCUGGCCCAGCAGGGAAGGAUGGCACAGGUACUUUAAGGCCAGUGUGUUUCACUGGCCGCUCACCCUGCACCAAAGCCUCACGGUUCUGUUCUCAGCCCUAGCACGUGGUGGCCCUGGCUGCUGCUGCCCCCAGGCCUGGGCUCUGGCUGUUGAGGUUUGGGGCUGGCUCUGAUGCCAACAGUGCUUGCCUGGGAGGACUGCGUCCAGCCUCACUCCUCAACAUUGGCACCCAUGGCUGGGGGUUGGAGGCAGCUGGACUUUCUCCUGCUGUGGUCCCAGGAGCAGCCCCUGCUGCAUUCACCCCCCACAAGCUAGGAGCAGCAGCUUUCCUCCUCUAUCCUACCAGCUCCUGAACAGGGCAGUGCCCGACUGCCCCUUUCAUGUCUUCACCUUUCAAUGUCUGCCUGCCCCUCUGCCACCUCCUCCUGGCACACUGCCCUUCUGCCUGCUUAUCCCCUGGGCCAUCCAGUGAAGCAGCUGCACUUGGUGGGGUACUGUGGGAGUGGUUGGAUGCCUCAUGCCUUCUGCUGCACCCGCUACAUGGGUGCAGCUACUGUGGUGUGGCCUGAGCCUGCUGGCAGCUUGGAGGAACCCUGUGUUGCCACUGUCCAUUUCCCUUGGGUCGGAGGCAAGGUGCUGCCUUCACAUUCUUCCAGAGACUCCAGGGCUCCAGCUGGCCCAGGCACAUGCCAAGGCACCACAGAGGAGCCCAGAGCAGGGUAGUCACCUGGAGCCAAGCUCACAGCCACACACUCGGGUAGGGGCUGGACACAAGCCCAGAUGCUGGUUACAGAAAAAGGCACUUGACGGCAGAGUACUCCAGCUGCAGGCAUGUCACAUCCCUGCUUCCAGUGUAGAGAGGCCAGUGCUGCUCCAGCCCUGUGCUCCUCCUCCCUGGCUGGUUGCUGUAGCACGGGCGCUGGCCCUGUGUGUGGUGCCCAUGGGUGUGAGGUGAAAGGCUGCGAGCUGUAGCCAAGACACAGUGCUGCCUUCCCUGGGUACAGCAACACAGAUGUGGCUCUUUCCUUGCCAUUGUCACCAAAGGUCCCACACUACAGCCCCAGUUGCAUUCAGCUGCCCUUGGGAAGUGUGUCCAGCCCAGUCCCCUGCCCUGCUGAGCCCAAGUCCCCAGUGGGUCCAGCCACGGGAACAUCCAAGACUGGAGCCCCCUUCUUUCACAGUCCCACAAGUGAUGCGAGCUACAGCACUGCAGCCUGCGUGUGCAAAAGGGCUUGGGGCACUGGGACCCCUGCAAGCAGGGGCAGGCCGGCUCUGGCUCCCCCUCUCCGGGGCAGGAGGCAGGCAUGGGCAGGGUCCUUGCUCGGUGGUGUGUCUGAAUCCAAGACAGGGAGCUGGAGGUGAUGGCACGAGUGGUCACUGCUCCGGCCCCAGGCAGCUCCCUGCCACCACAGUCUGCGCUCUGCUCUGCUCAGCCAGCAAGAGCACUAGGCCCCCCCCGGGAAGCAAUAACGCUGCUGGCCGGGCUGCUCCUGGGCAGGCAGGCAAAAAAGCUCCUCUCAGGCUCUCACCCUGCAGCAACGCCCACCGCUAGCACAAGGCAACUCUUCUUCCACGCAGCGGCUUUUGUGGCACAAGCUCACGUGACAUCAGGGCUAUGGCCCACCCCAGUCAAGGCACAAGGCCAAGAACAGCACUGGGGGGAAUUCUGGCACUUGCUCCUUCCUUGUUGGUACCACGGUUGCCAGCAGGAGCUGGAUGGGGCCACAGUUAGCGAUUCUGCUACUGGCACAUUGCCGAGACCCUGCAGGCAGCGGUGGUGCCAGGCUCUGACAUGAGGGAGGCAGAGGAGCAGGCUGCUUUUGGUGCCCCACAGGCAGGCUCACACUGUCCUCACUGUGAGGGGAGGGUGUUUUGGUGCAAUAAUUACCCCUGCACUACGGGAAGCCCCGUUCCGUUCCUUUUUACCUACCUGUCGUUGCAUGUACAGACCAAAUCACCAACAGCGUGGUUGUGCUUUGCGGAGACAUUCCACUUUUUCUUUCCAGCUCCCAACCUCAGACCACUUGUCCUUUUGGGUUACACCACCUCUGUUCCAAGUGCCACCUGCCCUCCCAGCGCCAGGAGUGUGUCGAUGCAGUAUUUUCAUGAGCAGUGUGGGGCACGCACAGCUUGCACUCAAACUGGGGAUUGGGUUUUUUUGUAAUUAAUGUACUUGAAGGCUUUCCGAGCCCCCCGUGGAGUUGUACUGUUGCUGUACUGUGAGCUAAGUGUCCUUGUUUUCUAUGUGGAUCUUGACCCUGGCUUGCUCUGUCUCACUGGACUGGAUGACACUAUAUGUUGCCUCUUUUCUCCUUCACCCUUUCCCUCCCUGCUAGCCACCCUUUCUUCUCCCAAAGCUUUGGGUGCAGACAGCUUCCCAUUUUGUGGAAUUUUUAUGUAGAAUAAACAUUUGUAACUGUAAA